AUGGAUAUAAGGGUGCUCUUUGUUCUUUUUAUACUCAGCACGUGCUGGUGCUGCAGUGCUAGAGAUCUGGAAACAGCUAAUCGCUUCACUGUGGGGGACGCAAUUAUUUCAGCCGUGCAGACAAAUAAUAAGCUGCUUGAGGGAGAAGCUCAAUACAUGGAUGGUGUUACCAAGAAUGAAAAACCAUGCACAUUAUGUGAAGAAUUUGCUACUGAGGCUCUAAAUUACCUUUCAGAGAACAAAACUCAAACAGAGAUUAUUGGCAUCCUUCAUAAAUCCUGCUUUAGGAUCCCAACAUUCAAGAAGCAGUGCAUUGCUUUGAUGGACUAUUAUGCCCCUCUCUUUUUCUUAGAGGUUUCUUCAAUGCAACCAGAAGAAUUCUGUCGAAAGGUUGACCUUUGCAAACAAGUGGGUUCGAUUUCUCAGCAUCUUGUUAACGAUAUAUGUAAUUUGUGCCAUAAUGCUGUCACAGAGGCCUUAAUGAAGUUGAAGGAUCCCCACACAGAGUUAGAAAUAAUCAAGCUGCUUAUGAAGGCAUGUGGUGCUAUGGAAGGCCGUGUCAAUAAGUGUAAGAGACUGGUUUUCAAGUAUGUCCCCGCUAUCCUUGUCAGCGCCAAGCAGUUUUUGGAAACAAACGAUGUAUGUAAAAUGUUGCAUGCUUGUAAUCCUGCUGCAAUUAGUACAGAGCAAGCAUUUUUAAGGACAGGAGCAUCCAUGGUUGCUGCAUCUUAA